AUGGCUCGCGCGGCAGCCCUGGUCGCCGGCGGCGGCCUCCUCCUCCAGUGCCUCUACUGUUGCUCCCUCCUGGCCGCGGCGGCCGGCGCCGGCGGGCGGUACGAGGCCCUGUUCAACUUCGGGGACUCGCUGGGAGACACGGGCAACAUCUGCGUCAACAUGACGGCGGCGGACCAGCUCCUGCUCACCGUCGCGCACCCGCCCUACGGCAUGACCUACUUCGGCCGCCCCACCUGCCGCUGCUCCGACGGCCGCCUUGUCAUCGACUUCCUCGCUCAGGAGCUGGGCCUGCCGUUGCUCCCGCCGUCCAAGCUCCGGGGCGCGGACUUCCGCCGGGGCGCCAACAUGGCCAUCGUCGGCGGCACGGCGCUCGACUUCGCCUUCCUCGAGUCCAUCGGCCUCGGCUACCCGGUCUGGAACAACGGCGCCAUGAACGUCCAGAUCCAGUGGCUCCGGGACAUUCUUCCCUCCGUCUGCGGCGGCGGCGCGCCGCCGGGAGGACCUCGCUGCAGGGCCCACCUCGCCAAGUCCCUCUUCGUGUUCGGCCCCUUCGGCGGCAACGACUACAACGCCAUGCUCUUCUUCGGCUUCACCACGGAGCAUGCCAGGAACUACACGCCCAAGAUCGUCGACACCGUCGCCUCCGGCGUCGAGCAACUGAUACAGCUGGGCGCGGUGGACAUCAUCGUCCCGGGAGCACUGCCCGUGGGCUGCUUCGCAGUCUACCUGACGUUCCUCCCGAGCUCCAACCCGGCGGACUACGACGAGUACGGGUGCCUGAAGCCGCUCAACGAGCUCUCCGUCUACCAGAACGCCCUGCUCCAGCGGAGGCUCGCCGGGAUCCGGGAGCGGCACCCGGCGGCGCGGAUCAUUUACGCCGACUACUACGGCCACGUCGAGCGGAUGAUCCGCAGCCCGGCGCGCUUCGGGUUCCGCGACGGCGCCGUCCCGGCGUGCUGCGGCGCCGGCGGCGGCAGGUUCAACUUCGAGCUCGACGCGCGGUGCGGCAUGAAGGGCGCCGCCGCUUGCCCGGACCCGUCGACGCACGAGUCGUGGGACGGCGUCCACUUCACGGAGGCGGUGAACCGGCUGAUCGCCGAGGGGUGGCUCAGGGGACCCUACUGCCAUCCUCCCGUUGUGCUGCACUAG